UUGCGAUGCCCAAGCGCAAAACAGACGUCGACACGGGGCCGUUCCCGCCACCACUGCGACGCCCCGGUGACGAACUCGUCCUCGACCCGACAUGUCCUCGACAGACGCUUCCAUCGUGGCGUGCCGACAGCGACCGCAACGAAGUGACGGCGGCGCGCCGCACGAUCUACCUCGUACUGCCUGCUAUUUUGGACGCGCCACCGACGUCGUUUCCAUCGACGCUCUACGCGUCGCGAUCGCCCUUGCCAAGGAACGCUACAAGUCGCCUCGAGGACUACGUGCGCGCUUUUUACACCGACAUGAGUCUGAAAACGCUGGCUGCCCCGGCCUUGACAAGCUGGGACAACGGCCGCCGGUACGUGGGGCUGAUCCCGCGCCCGGGCUUCAGCGAGAGCGCUGUGCGCAUUCGCACACGUCGGGCGCCGGAUCGUACGUUUUCACAUCAGCUUCAUCUCGACGACCUCCUCGACGCGCUCCUUGAAGAUGUGGUGCCAGACGACGCGUAUGCGGUGCUCUGGCUCGUCGAACACGACCUGUACGAAGGGCCCGAGGACGUGUUUACGUGCGGUCGAGCGUACGGCGGCAGUCGCGUCGCGCUUGUCUCGAGUGCCCGCUACAACCCGCGCUUGGACCGCACUGUCGAUGGUUUUGAUGCGGAUGAUGCGUGGCCGCUGGGCCAUGUGACGAACAGCGCGGCGAUACAAGCGGCGGCGAUUGCCUAUCGGAAUGCGUCUCGGCACGCCAAGGAUAAUGAUGUGUGGAUCGACCGACUUUGCCGCACAGUGACGCACGAGCUUGGUCACUGCUUUGGCAUCGAGCACUGCGUCGAUUAUGCGUGCUGCAUGCAAGGCAGCGCAUCGAUCGCCGAAGACUACCGACAACCGCCGUACGUUUGCCCCGUCGACGAGGCAAAGAUCCUCGAAGCAACGUCGUCACGCAAGGCCGAACGUGAGGCGGCGGUGCUGGCGUGCUGUCGCAAGUACCCCGCAAGCCCGCUCUUGUCGGCGCUCGCCGCGUGGAUCGAGGCGACAACCAUAAAUAUCGCUUGUGAAGCCAAACGCUCUCGCACCACGGUGCAAACGACUAGCUGAUCGAUAGCUGCGGUGCCGCGAUUGGGCUCAGUGAACCUGAUACAUCGAUAGUUUCGGAUUCCUAAUUUGAAUCAAACUCUACGCCGUUCAUCUCGACACGUCGACACGGCUGGCAUUG